CGGGGCGCGGCGGGCUGUGCGCGCCCACUCGGCUCCAGGCGGCCAGCGUUCGCGGGCCCAGGCCGCCCGCCUCUACCCGAGCACCGAGGCGGAGCAGCGGCGGGAGCCCCGGGAGAAGCAGCCGCAGUCGCGCGAGGCUCCCCCUCCACCCCCCGCGCGCCCCUCGCCGCCCUCCCCGGGCCCCGUGUAUGGGGACGCGGCUCGCCAGCCUCCGUUGAGACCGUCUCCCGGGUACGGUGGCCUCGGGCUCCAGAGCCCGCCCCGCCACCCGAGGGUUACGCGCGGCCCCGGGCCUGCUCGCUGCGCGGCUCCGCGCGUCCCGGGCCAGGAAGUGGCGGCGCUGAGCGCCAUGGCCCACUCCCCGGUGCAGUCGGGCCUUCCGGGCAUGCAGAACCUCAAAGCGGACCCAGAGGAGCUUUUUACCAAGCUGGAGAAAAUUGGAAAGGGCUCUUUCGGUGAGGUGUUCAAGGGCAUUGACAAUCGGACUCAGAAAGUGGUUGCCAUAAAGAUCAUUGAUCUGGAAGAAGCUGAAGAUGAGAUAGAGGACAUUCAACAAGAGAUCACAGUGCUGAGUCAGUGCGACAGCCCAUAUGUAACCAAAUACUACGGCUCCUAUCUGAAGGAUACUAAAUUAUGGAUAAUAAUGGAAUAUCUUGGCGGAGGCUCUGCCCUGGAUCUGUUAGAACCUGGCCCUUUAGAUGAAAUUCAGAUUGCUACCAUAUUACGAGAAAUUCUGAAAGGACUUGAUUAUCUACACUCAGAGAAGAAAAUCCACAGAGAUAUUAAAGCGGCCAAUGUUCUGCUCUCUGAACAUGGAGAGGUGAAGCUGGCUGACUUUGGAGUAGCUGGCCAGCUGACCGAUACCCAGAUAAAAAGGAACACCUUCGUGGGCACUCCCUUCUGGAUGGCACCUGAGGUCAUUAAGCAGUCAGCCUAUGACUCAAAGGCAGACAUCUGGUCCCUCGGCAUCACAGCAAUAGAACUGGCCAAAGGAGAGCCCCCGCAUUCCGAGCUGCACCCCAUGAAGGUGUUAUUUCUCAUCCCAAAGAACAACCCUCCCACACUGGAAGGAAACUACAGCAAACCCCUCAAGGAGUUUGUGGAGGCCUGUUUGAAUAAGGAGCCGAGCUUUAGACCCACUGCUAAGGAGCUGUUGAAGCACAAGUUCAUAAUCCGCAACGCGAAGAAGACGUCCUACUUGACGGAGCUCAUCGACCGGUACAAGAGGUGGAAGGCAGAACAGAGCCACGACGACUCCAGCUCAGAGGACUCGGAUGUGGAAACAGAUGGCCAGGCAUCUGGAGGCAGCGACUCUGGGGACUGGAUCUUCACAAUCCGGGAGAAAGAUCCCAAGAAUCUGGAGAAUGGAACUCUUCAGCCGUCAGACUUGGAAAGAAAUAAGGUAAAGGACAUCCCAAAGAGGCCUUUCUCUCAGUGUUUAUCCACCAUUAUUUCCCCUCUCUUUGCUGAGCUGAAAGAGAAGAGCCAGGCAUGCGGAGGAAACCUGGGGUCAAUAGAAGAGCUGCGGGGAGCCAUCUACUUGGCGGAAGAGGCCUGCCCUGGGAUCUCUGACACCAUGGUAGCUCAGCUCGUGCAGCGGCUGCAGAGAUACUCCUUGAGUGGCGGAGGAACGUCAGCUCACUGAAAUGCCUUUUGCAUCUGGGUUUGCUCUUUCCUUUCUUCUUCAUCUUCCUUCUUUUUAAAAGUCAGUAAGAGCCUUUGCUGACUCUGCGAAGAGGUGUCAUGGAGGCCCACCCUCCGGUAGCUGCCAGCACCUGCCCAGGGACACAGUCCUCACCGUGCCACACCAGGUGGAGUCCUUCCGAUGGGGUGGGGGGCUACUCCUUCAAGCAAUUAUUUUAUUUUUUUAUUGUUUUUAAUUUUAAUCAUAGUGCACAUAUUCAAAGAAAGUAUCUUUAACAAACCCUGAAAUGUAUAUUUGGGUUGUGACAAGGCGGUUGAAGACUUGCGACCUCAGGUACCUGCUUUAUGUUGCUAGCGCCUCCCCCGGGAGAUGAGUUGCUCUGGUGGAUCAGUGUACAGAUUUGUAUAUAGCGUCAUUUUUACAGAAAAACUUUUGGCGUGCAUAAGGAAUCACUGUGUACACAUUGGCCAAGUGCUUCUGUAGAUAAUGUCUGUGGAGUAAAUAUUUGACAGGCCAGAACUUGAGUCUAUUGCCUUGCCUUUAUUACAUGUAAAUUUUGAAUUUCGUGACCAGUGAUUUGGAUUUUAUUUUGUAUUUACAGGGUCUGUCAUUAAUAAUAAUUACCCUCCCCCCAUGGAACACUCCUGAUUGUACCUCAACAGAUGCAGACUUCCCCCUGGGUUUCCCUAUGCCCCCUUUGGUACACUUGGAAGUUUUUCUUUCUCAUCAAUGGUACUGUUUCUUAGUGUUGCAGUUGGAACACAUCUUGUCUCACAGAGCUUUAAAUUAUUCUGAUUUCUCCCAGAUGAAGUGCUCUUGUCUAAUCUGUUGAGUUGUGCCACUGUGUCUGUACCAGAUGCACCGUCCUGUCCACUCCUUUCCGUGGAACCUUGUCGUAGAAUCUGCACAUCAUCCACCCCACCUGGAAGUGUCUGAAUGCUCACACAAAUAAAUUUUAUAACUCACUCAUUUUGCAUACCAUUCUUGAAACAUGGCACCGCAGGGCAGACGGGGCACCUGCUCUACACGUUUGUGGUUGUGUAAGUGUGUAUAGAGACCCCAGGGAAAAGUGCCCAGAUGUCCAAAAGCCAAAUGUCCAGGUUAGUGCCCUAUGCAAUUGUGUUGUGUGUUGGUCACUGAGGUGUGGCCAGUGCUGUGGGUUUGUGGAACUGCUGAAGCUCUUGCUGGGGACUGGAAUGGUGGUUUCCGUUCUCUUCAAGGAGCUGGGUCUGCUAGGCGCCCUGCUUCUUCAUGUGCUACAAAGCAUUGCUUGGCAGGGUGGGAAUUCUUGAGUUCCCAGAGCAGUUCUUGCUAGUCGUACUCAGACCGCUAUAGUGUUUUUGCCUUGAUGCUAAUUCUUGUCCUCUUGUUGGAGCGCUAGGUCUCGAGGAAGAUAGAUAGGUUUUGGAGCAGGACCUUUGGGACAUCUGCGUGGCAUUGUGCCUGGUGUAUGGUGGCCUCAACGUUACAGGAAGGGCAGGCCAAUGCUAGAGGUGUUGGCUGUGAGACAAUUGCUUAGAAUAAAUGGGGGUAGGGUCUAGGUUUUUAGACUAUUAAAUUGUGAUAUUCUAAAAGUAGAUUUGGGUUGGAUUUAUAAUUUCAAUCAAUACAUUUUGGGUAGGGGAAAACUAACAAUUGUUAGUUUUCGGAUUUUUUUUUUUUUUUUUUUGGUUUUUUGAGACAGGGUUUCUCUGUGGCUUUGGAGCCUGUCCUGGAACUAGCUCUAUAGACCAGGCUGGUCUCGAACUCACAGAGAUCCGCCUGCCUUUGCCUCCCAAGUGCUGGGAUUAAAGGCGUGCGCCACCAUCGCCUGGCAUCGGAUUUUUUUGUUUUGUUUUCGAGUCUAUGGGUGUUUUGCCUGUAUGUAUGUCUUUACAUCACAUGUGUGCAAUGCUCUUGGAGGCCAGACGAGGAUGUUGGAUCCCUUGGACUAGAGUUGUGAGCUGCCACGUGGGUGCUGGGAACAGAAUCCGUGUCCUCUGCAAGAGCAGCCAGUGCUCUUAACCUCUGAGCCAUCGCUUUGGCCCCAGUACUGUUAUUUUGUAUCAAGAAUGUUACCCUGAACCAUGAACUUUGAGACUAUUUGAUGUUUUCUAGAGAACUCUGAGCUGCAGUGCCGUGUGCUUCCCUGUAUGAGGCUGUUGCAGGAGUCACUCAGAGGGCCAGUCUGUUCUGCGGAGGAGCAUCCUGAGGGCAGCAGACAUUUCUACUGUCUGGAGCCCUGCAGUCUUACAAAUGGAUAGCAAUAUAAAUCUUGAUAGUGAAGCCAGUCUCUUCUUCCUUUGUAGUGCUGGGACAUGAGCCCAGGGCUUUCUAUGUGUUGGGUGAGGGCUUCUUUGCAAUGCCUUCCACCUGUCUUUAAUACGAGCCCCUGUGGUUGAGCUGCUGAUGCGUGUUGUGUGACCGCAGGCAGAUUCUCUGCAGUCCCUCGUGAAAGCAACACAGGAUUCUUUGGGAGUUUAUUGGAAACUCCGCUGGGGAUGUGGGGUUUGACAGUUUGAAAGUGGAUUGCCUUAGAGUCUCCUUCAGCACAGGAUCGGGUGAAGUGUUCCAUGGAUACAUUGUUUAGCUGACGGUUGUGUUUUCACCUUGUCCUUUGUUUAGAGCAGGGCCCAUCUCAGAUCCACCACCCGUGCCUGCCUGGCAUCACAGGUUGUGGUGGGUGAGCUCAGCAUCUCCAAACUGUUCACAGCUCACGGGCAGAGUUUCUGAUGGUGACGAGGCCACCAGUCUGGGAGAAUGAGUGCCAUGUAGUUUGAGGCUUCAGGUCUGGCUCAUGAGACAGAUGGUCAUUUGGGAGCUCAGGAUGGCUAGGAACUCAGGAUCCUUUUGCCUUGGCCUCCUGAGAGCUGGGAUUACAGGUGUGCCCCGCCAUGCCAGCUCAUUGAUGGCUCUGUCCCAGGGGGUAACAGCCUCUUGAGUGAUCCACCAGUCAAUAUGGGAGAUUGUGGGUUCCUGGCAACUGGGGUUUCUCCGUGGAAGAAGACCACUGUUCUGUUCCCGAGUUGCUCAUCAAGGUUUCUGUUUGGUUCUCUGUGUAGUGUUUUAUACUUUCCUGGGCAAAACCUGUAAUUGGUUUAUAUGCAUUAUAUUUCUUAAAAAACCUGGCUUCUGUGUUUCUACUAUAAGAUACGGCAAUGAAGGUGGAAACAGUCUGGAGUUCCGAGUACCAUGCUGUCAUCAGAGGUCAAUAAAGCUCUCAGAAGUGACUGCUGUGUUUG